CGUGGCUCUUUUCUGUGGACUCUGAGGGAGCCCUCGCAGAUUUUGGUUCCCCAUUCGAGACGCGGCAGGAACUCCAUUGGCGGGUCCUUGGUGACUGACAGAUGCCACACCAAUAUGUACCAGGAACAGAAGGGAAGAGAGAAUGGCUGUUUUCUUUCUAUCUCUUGCCCCAGAUGGACGGGAGGCUCUUCAGUCGCAAACACCUACUGCUGUGUAAAUGAACUAAGGCUAGAUGGGAGAAUUCUGGAAAUUCUGUCAUCCCACACCCUGUCUCUUUUCUAGCUCAGGUGGUAGAAAAGUAUCUAGAUCACCAUGGCAACUGGACGGAAGUUGAUGAGAGCUAUUAGAGUUUUUGAAUUUGGUGGACCAGAAGUGCUGAAACUCCAGGCGGAUGUUGCAGUACCAAUUCCAAAAGACCAUCAGGUCCUAAUCAAAGUCCAUGCCUGUGGUGUAAACCCAGUGGAUACAUAUAUUCGCUCUGGUACUUACAGCAGAAAACCACUUUUGCCCUACACUCCUGGUACAGAUGUGGCUGGGGUAAUAGAAGCUGUUGGAGAUAGUGUAUCUGCUUUCAAGAAAGGUGACAGAGUUUUCACUACCAGCACAGUCUCUGGGGGCUAUGCAGAGUAUGCGCUUGCAGCAGAUCACACCGUUUACCCACUGCCAGAAAAACUGGACUUCCAACAAGGAGCUGCCAUUGGUAUCCCAUAUUUUACUGCUUAUCGAGCUCUGCUCCACAGCGCCCGUGUGAAAGCUGGAGAAAGUGUUCUGGUUCACGGGGCUAGUGGAGGAGUUGGGCUAGCAGCAUGCCAAAUCGCUAGGGCUUAUGGCUUAAAGGUUUUGGGCACAGCUGGUACUGAGGAAGGGCGAAACAUUGUUUUACAAAAUGGAGCACAUGAAGUGUUUAAUCACAGAGAAGCUAAUUAUAUUGAUAAAAUUAAGAAAUUUGUUGGUGAAAAAGGAAUGGAUGUGAUUGUUGAAAUGUUAGCUAACGUAAAUCUUAGUAAUGAUUUGAAUCUGCUGUCAUAUGGAGGACGAGUAAUAGUUGUUGGCAGCAGAGGUCAUAUUGAAAUAAACCCACGGGACACCAUAGCUAAAGAAUCUAGUAUAAUUGGAGUUGCUCUCUAUUCAUCAACAAAGGAGGAAUUUCAGCAAUUUGCAGCAGCCCUUCAAGCUGGAAUGGAAAUUGGUUGGAUGAGACCUGUCAUCGGUUCUCAGUAUCCACUGGAGAAGGUGGCCCAGGCUCAUGAAAAUAUCAUUCAUAGCAGUGGGGCUACUGGGAAAAUGAUUCUUGUCUUAUAAUGAUUAAUUCUGUCAUAUGUUUACAACAUAAUUUAGAAGUUUUCUACCCCAGUAUUACUUAACUCUCCUUGCUUUAAGUGAGAUUCAUUUGAUCCAGUGAGCUUCUUACAUUAAAAAACAAGAUUUAUCUUUAGAGAUCAUGAGCAGUAGAAUACAAUUUAUUGCAUAGCUGGCAGUAUUUGUGCCUUCUGCCUCUAAUCAGGAGUCAUCACAUAGGAAAUAGAAUGUUAGUGCUCAUUUGGAAUUGGGCUGCAUUACAGAAAUUCCUGACUGACACUUAAUCAUUAAUUCCAUGCCAUUGACUAAAGCAAACUAAUUCAAAAUAAGACUACUUGAUUCCCAAGCCUGUUUCUCCUUAUAAUGGUUCUUUAGUCUAUGAUUAGCCCAGAACUUGAUUAAGUCUGAAGAUUUUCUGGACUAUUCAAGAUCCCUUUUCUAAACUAAUCUCAUCUGGAUCUACAAGUCUCUUGGGAGGGCACGAUAAACCAUGUCCAGAGAAUUGUGUUAGUUUUCCAAUAUUUCCCAAAAUAAUAGAACAUUCACUGUGUUAAUGGUUGAUUGUUAAUGGUUGAUUACCAGUGGUCUGUAUAUUCUGUGAGGACAGCAGCCUUAUCUUUGGUUUAAUACGGUAGAAGGUACAUAAUCUCCAAAUAGAUAUUUCCUGAUAAAUUCAAUUUUCAAGGAGGUUUAGAAUUACCUGUUUUUGUGAUUCUCCUAAAGAAUCAUAUCUUUUUAUUUUAGUUAUUAAACAAACUUGACACAUUAAGAAUAAUCUGAUUUUGUUUUCAUAAUAUGAUAACCUGUCAUAAAUGCUGUAGGAAACUAAACACUGUGUUUAUCUGUUUUGUGUUCAUAUAGUGCUUGCCUUAGGUCUGUUUUACACAGCUCCUAAUAGUUGCUUCUUAACAGUGUUCUGUGCUGGAAGUCUUUACCCAAACUGAGUAAAGAGAUGAUCAUUUAGAAAUCUUGCCACCAAGAUUAUGUCCAAGGAAAUGAGGUGUGAUUGUUACUUUGUUCUUGUUUUCCUUCAUAUGCACACAGCCUCCUAUGUGUUGAAGCAUUAUGUGGUUGGUUCUGCUGACCUGAUUUAUUCUGUUGAAUGACAGCUUCUAGUUUGAACAUAGAGUCUUGCUUUAAUAGUAAACAGAAAGCAUCACUAGCUUCUAUAAUUAAGAAGUGUCAUUGACUUCAGGUUGUAUGUGCCAUGGCUGAAGUGUUUUUGCUGUUAGCAUUCUUGAAGUUAUAUUCAGUGUUUCUUUUACAGGUUAGCCAUCCUGUGAAAUAUCAUGUUUGAAAAAAAAGUUACAAAAACAGUGUCCUGAAUCUAGAGACUAGCAUUUUAUGUAUAUACUAAAAUGAAGGAUUCUUUCUCAUACAAAAAGAUAAAGGAAUAAUCAUUCUGUAAAAGUCAGUUUAA